CGGGACAAAAUGGCGUUGCAAGACUAUGACAAACUUGACCGUGAGUAUAGAUCAAUGGUACCAUGGUCGGCAUUGCAAAGUACCUGCGAAGAGGAAGACCGUAGAAAGUCACCAUUAUCACCACCUGCCUUACCUACCUUCUAUGGUGUCGCCACAACUCCAGUUGGACAAAUACAUCCUCGUGCAAACUCAUAUCCUAUUGCUGGUCGUCAUCCACCACCAGACAUCCGACAUGGAAUCAUGACACAUAAUUCAUCAGGUCAUGAUCAUUCUUCAAGUGUUGGGGAGUUGGAUAGUCCACCAACUAAACGUAUGACUAGAAAAAGGUUUCCGGAAGAAAUAAUAAAUAUUUUACUUAAAUGGUGGAAUGAUCAUUUGAAUCAUCCUUAUCCGAACUCAUUUGAAAUGAGUCAAUUGAUGAUGGUUACUGGGUUGAAUAAACAACAAUUGAGGUCCUGGUUUCAGUAUGCUCGUUAA